CUAUUCCCUCUUGGGUAGUUGCUUGUACGGCUUGAAGUGACCGUCGGGAGGUAUGUAGCCUAUGUAGCUAUGCAAUACCAGUAAAAAGGAGUGAAGAGGGAUUGGGGGGGGAGAAGAAAAAAAAAAGAGAGAAAAGAUGAAACAACCGGAUGAAAUCUAUAGGAAUAGACACGAGAUGGAAUCGUCACCAACAACAUCCACAACACGCGAUUAUACCCAACUCAUUGCUACGGCUACGGGACAGAGACGGAGAAGCGUCAAGGACAUUUAAACGGUUUACUGGCGACGAGGCACUCGCCAUCAUGAAUCGUUCGCUUUCAUAACUUGUCGAUCGUCUUUCAUUAUUCUUUAUUCGAAUUAUCCCAGCCCGCUCGCCUCGAUCGGGAAAAGCGCCAAAUGCUAUCGGCCAUGGCUCCCAUCAACCGCCCAUUGCGGCCACCGUCGCCAGCACCAGCAGCACCAGCGCCCGCGCCAGCUCUGGCACCGACACCGACACCGACACCGCCGCCUCCCAGGUCCAUCACCCCCAUCAUCCAGAUCCAGGACGAGGACGAUCCCCCCCGGAACCACGGCCACCACUACGACCACCACUACGACCGCGACCGCGAUCUCCGCUUCCAGGGCCACGACUUCGACUUCGAAUUCUACAGCGACGGGGAGAGCGACUACAACGGGAGCCAGCCCGAACCCGCCCGCCCUCCAUCCUCGGCUUUCCUGCUCGCGCCCGCUGGCCACCUCUUAAGACCCAACAUGCCGGCCGGCUCGGGCGGGCCCAAUGGCGCCUCCCCGCCCGAGGGCGCCUCGACCGUCCCCGCGAACCCCUUCAACUUCCAGACCCAGGUCAUAUCCACCUCCCCCGUCAAGCCCAGCGUCGGCCAGCGUCGCGGCCACAAGUACAAGCACUCCAGCAUAAGCGCCCAGCACCAGAUAUUCCAGGAGCCGCCGCCCCGGCCGCCCCUCGCCCUCCCCCGCGACCUGCCCGUCCCGACGGUGAGGGAGGCCUGGAAGUCCAUGUCCAAGGACCAGCGCCGCCGCCUGUGGUGGUGCGUGUGCCACAUCCUCGUCACCGCGCUCGUCUUCCUCUCCGCCCACGGCUCCCUCUCCAUGACGGCCCUCUCGCACCUCGUCUUCUUCGACGUCGGGUCGGCGCUCAUCUGCGUCGCCGUCGAGGUCCUCGGCAACUUCGAGGUCUGGAAGCGCAGCAGCAUCCGGCACCCCUUCGGGCUCGAGCGCGCCGAGGUCCUCGCCGGCUUCGCCCUCAGCGUCUUCCUCAUCUUCGGCGGCUUCGACCUCGUCAGCCACAACCUCAAGCACCUCCUCGAGGACAAGGGCGGCCACGCCCCGCACCACCCGGACCCCCACGGCCGCCCCGGCCCCCGCGUCGCCCCCGGCAGCGUCGACAUGGCGAGCCUCGCCGCCUUCGUCGCCGCCCUGGUCAGCGCCUACGGCCUGCGGAACCACGCGAGGAUCAGCAAGGUCAUGCGCGUGAGCUACCUGGCCAGCCUGCCCAGCAUCCUCUCGAACCCGUUCCACUUCCUGACCAUGUCCACGUCGGCGCUCAUGGUGGUGCUGCCGCUGCUGGGCCUGCCGAUCGACAUGCUGCUCGACGGCGCCAUCUGCGGCCUCGUGGCCGUGGCCAUGUUCGCGCUCGGCGUCCGGCUCGCCGUCGCGCAGGGGCUCAUGCUGCUAAUGAGCUACGGGGGCCGCGCCGGCUCGGGCUCGUCGGCCGGCGGGCCGGACGUCAGCGUCGCCGAGGUGGUGCGCGAGAUUGAGGCCGAGCACGGCGUCGAGAAGGUCGAGGAGGCCCAGUUCUGGCAGGUGCACUACGGGCUCUGCAUGGCGAACCUCAAGCUGUCCGUGUCCAAGGGCAGCGACGACGCGGCCCUGGUCCGCCUCCGCACGCGCGUCGCCAGCCUCAUCCAGAACCGGCUCGGCGAGGGCUACGGGAAGGGCGGGAGCCUGCGGUGGGAGGUCAGCCUGCAGAUGGGCACGGCCGGUAGGUUUUAGGAGAAGGGGAGGAAGCGAGGGAACCUGUGCCGCGGCGCCUACCGCGCGUCCCGUCUCCGGCCCGUCUCCGGUACGCUUCCGCUGCGUUGGAACGGGGGGAGGGGCAAACUGGUGGUUAUGUCGGAGCAUGGUCAGCGGGCUGUGUACUCAAGCGGCUAGACGGUACAGCUUGCUGAUGACGGAACUUGGCUAAUUUUCUGGUUACCGGUGGGUUGUACUCUAAUUGUAGGACAGCCGUCCUCGACAUACCGUAGGCACGACGGCGGACCUACUUUUCGAACUUCUUGUAUAUAUAUAGAUAGGAACAUCAUCGUCUUGGGGCCAAAUCACUGUAUAUAAGGCACGAACGCUCGAGAUAUCGGGGGCGGGGGGGGGACGAAGUAAUAUGAGAAAUAGUUAAGACCAAGCGACGACCGCUCGUUUCCGCCUAGCUCCUCGACGAGAGAGAAGGGGAGAGAGAGAGAGAGAGAGAUAGGGUAAGAGAACUAGAGUAGCGGGCUCGAAUAUAUCCGCUCAAUGAACCACCACCAGAGGGAGGAAUCCAACCAGC